GCAAUCUGAACAGUAAAACAGUUGUGAAGGUGUCUAUCACUUUCUUGAAUCUUGUGAAUGUGAGUGUAUGAAGGUCCAUGACCACAAUAACCCCUGGUCCAUAGCUCACUCUGAGCCUGAAGUGAAGGGGGGAAAGUUGGAAAGGAUUUGGCAGUUGCCUCAUGUUUUAACGGAGCGGAUGAGGUAGCAGUUCGAUGAAGAGAUCUAAAAGCAAGGAGAAGACGGCCUCGAAGCCCCAUGAGGAUGGCAGCGCGGAGGCGCGCCCCCGGGCGUUUCCACCCGCGUCCGCAGUUCAGAAAAUCAAAUAUGCUCCUCCUCACAUGAAGAGGGACAAGUCACACAAGGGAUCCAGCCGUUUCAACAUUUCCUCCAAGCGCGAGCUGCAGAAGCUGCCACUGCUGAAAGAUUCUCCGCCAAGCGAGCGCAGUGACCUGUUCGUGCAGAAGAUUCGCCAGUGUGCUGUCAUCUUCGACUUCUCAUGCGACCCUCUCAGCGACCUGAAGUGGAAGGAGGUGAAGCGGGCCGCGCUGAACGAGCUGGUUGAGUAUGUAACUCACAACCAGGGUGUGCUGACGGAGACAAGCUACCAUGAAAUUAUCGUAAUGUUUGGAUUGAAUGCUUUCCGCGCCCACCCGCCCUCCACAAAUCCCAAUGGUGUGGAGUUCGAUCCGGAGGAGGAUGAGCCGACACUGGAGCCCUCUUGGCCCCAUCUUCAGUUGGUUUAUGAAUUUUUCCUCCGCUUCCUCGAAUCUGGGGACUUCCAAGCAGCGAUUGCAAAGAAGUUCUUGGACCAAAAGUUCGUUCUUCAGCUUCUGGAGUUGUUCGACAGUGAAGAUCCGCGAGAGCGCGACUUCUUGAAAACAACGUUACAUCGGAUCUACGGCAAGUUUCUCAACCUGCGUGCUUAUAUCCGAAAGCAGAUCAACUAUAUAUUUUAUCGAUUUAUUUAUGAAACAGAAAAGCACAACGGCGUGGCAGAGCUUCUUGAAAUUCUGGGCAGCAUCAUCAACGGCUUUGCUCUGCCACUGAAAGCCGAGCACAAAGUGUUCCUCGAACGGGUCCUUCUACCUUUACACAAAGUCAAAUCCCUCGCCGUCUACCACCCACAGCUGGCCUAUGGAGUGGUUCAGUUCCUGGAGAAGGACCCCACCCUCACAACAGUCGUUAUCAAUGGUCUCCUAAAGUACUGGCCCAAGAUGCACAGCCCAAAGGAAGUCAUGUUCCUGAACGAAGUGGAAGAGAUUCUGGAUGUUCUUGAGCCCAGUGAGUUUGCGAAGAUCCAGCGGCCGCUGUUCCACCGCAUUGCACAGUGCGUGUCUAGUCAGCACUUUCAGGUUGCUGAGCGUGCUCUGUAUUUCUGGAAUAACGAGUACAUUGUCAGCCUGAUCCACGGAAACUGCUCUGUGAUCCUGCCGAUCAUGUUUGGUGAUCUCUAUCGAAACUCCAAGAAUCGUCAGAAGGGACGGUCAUCGCUAUGGCAUGCUCGCACUAUUCAAGGCCUCAUCUACAAUGCGUUGAAGAUCUUCAUGGAGAUGAAUCAGACUCUGUUUGACGAGUGCACAUCGCAGUACAAGGCAGACUUGGCAGAGCAAGAACGCAAGAAGAAGCUGAGAGCAGAGUCGUGGGCAAAUACUACCCAGCGUGCCAACCAGAACCCACUGAGCAAGCUUCUGUUCAAGCAAAGCAUCAAGGAGCCAGCGGCCGAACCAGUGUCGCUGCAAGACACCGGCAGUAUUCGACAGAGUAUGAGCAACUCCGAUGAUGAGCGCAGCUGCAGUGGCUCUGUCGCCGAGGACGAUGCAGAUGCUGCUGUGACUGCACCAGAGCGUACCAAGGGUGUACAUGUACGGCGCAAGUCUUACCUGCCAGGUGAUUACGAGACCAAGGUGGCUCUGGACAAGUACAAGACGCAAGACGAGCAGCUCAACUCCGUCGGUGACACCCCCGCCCCCACUGCAGAGCCUGCUGCAUGCGAAGCGUAAUCGCUUGAGGACUAUGCUGGGAAAGCAGCGCCAGUCUGCUCUCUCUCUCUCUCUCUCUCUCUCUCUCUCUCUCUCUCUCUCUCUCUCUCUCUCUCUCUCUCUCUCUCUCUCUCUCUCUCUCUCUCUCUCUCUCUCUCUCUCUCUCUCUCUCUCUCUCUCUCUCUUAGUACGAGGACCAAGUCUGAGAAACUGCAUGACCAAUUACCCCACCCCUCUCAGGGAAGGAUUUUCAAUGAUUUUAUGCCGAAGCAUUUACACUGAUCAUAAAAAUUUGAAAAAUCUCAGAAAACCAUCCGUUCGUUCCUUGCCAAAUAUUGACUUGAACUUUAGGGUUGUGUUGCCAUGGUAAGCAAGGUGAUUCUCCUUCAUUUCGCAACCUGUGGAAGGAGCUUUUGAAAUUUUCUUUUUCUUUUGGCUGACUUGAGCUGCUUAGAAGCUAGUCUGAGGAUACGAAUAAGUGAAUGCACAACAAGUGAGUUUCGCCAAGGCGGCGGAACUAUUGGACGACCGCGCGUAUCAUGUUGCGGCUAGGUUGCGGCACAUAAUCAUUAUGUACUGUGUAUGGAUUAAUGUAUGCAUGACAAUCAUGAUUGUAUUCUCUUCGUAUCACCGAAAUAUUGCUGUUGCUGGUUCA